AUGAUAGAGUUGAAAAAGGAUGCUACUGUCGAGCCUAAGAAGCAAAACAGCUUGCACGUGGAAAGUCUUAAGAUAACUGAUGAGCAUUUGAAGUUCAUUCAAGACCUCUUGGACAAAUGCUGCACCUUGAUGCUUGGUCAAAUGAGAGAGGAACUGUUUAGAAAAUAUCCAGAGCUUCAAGAUCAAAACUUAAGCAUUAGUGGCUUACAUAAGCACAUUAUUAACAACAUUGGGUUCACACUGAAGAGAACCAAGCCAGUCGAGGAAAAAAGAAACGACUCAAAGACUAUUGAGCUGAGAAAAGUAUGUGUAGACAGUAUGCACACAAAUGGUUUAUUAUAUAAAACCAAUUGUAUUUUUGUAAACAAAGCAGGAUUUAAUGCAAACCUGAUCAGAGAACAAGGGUGGUCCAAGAAAGACAAGGCCAGCAUUGUGAAGACGAAGUUAAAAAAGGUACUAAACAUCUCAAUUUUUGCUGGUAUAUCUUACCAGGGUUUUGAGAGUGUAUGGGCAAAGUUGACACCUGAUGACAUAACAUGA